AAUAAGGGCCGAGUUCAUUUUAGACUUGAAGGACCAGAGAGCCCAUGAGAUUCCUGUCUGAAUCAAAUUUUCGCUUAUCACUGAUUUCAACUUAGAAUUGAAGCAAUCACACCCAAUUUCUCACUUAAAGAAAGCAAAUUCCUCCCCAACAGAUCCAGUUCGCAGAAAAACAGAGCAAAGGGAAAUGGAGAAGAUGAACCAAGCAUUCGAGAAGAUGAAGAUGCUAGUCGGAAUGGAAGUGGAAGACGAAGAGCAAGCCCCUGAACCAGAGGACGCCAAUUCAUUCUCUUUCAUGGACGAUUUCAAUCGCCAUUGUACCCUUUCCACCAAACAGAGGCUUUACGGUUUUGCCAUCUGCUUUGUUUCUGGCUUAGCUUGUACCCUUUUGUCAAUGCUGGUUUUUUUCAAUCCAAUUAAGUUUGGGAUUACAUUCACAUUUGGCAAUUUGCUUUCACUUGGAAGCACAGCAUUUUUAAUUGGCCCAAAACGUCAAGUGACUAUGAUGCUUGAUCCUGUUCGCAUAUAUGCGACAGCUCUAUAUCUUGCAAGUAUCAUCAUUGCCUUGUUCUGUGCACUAUACGUUCAUAACAAGCUUUUGACACUUUUGGCAAUCAUUCUAGAAUUUGGUGCACUUGUUUGGUACAGCUUGAGCUACAUUCCCUUUGCGAGGUCCAUGGUUUCAAAGGUCAUGGUAGCUUGCUUUGACACUGAAUUUUAGGCCACAGUAGAGGAAACUGGUGGAAUACACAAUUGAACAAGUAUGUGCGUGUAAAAUUUUGUGCAAAUGUAUUUUAGAGAGGUCCACGUCAAAUGUAUCGAUGUACAAAAUUUAGCUGUGAUCGGCUUUUGCACAAAUGUGAGAUUUAGCUUUCUCAUUUCACGCAUCCAUGUCCUUUAAAUCUGUGGCCUUCUGGGUUGUGCUUGGAAUUUAACAAAUUGAAUGCUUUUACAGCCAUAUCAAAAUCCAACAAAUUGAACUACAUGGGUGGUUAUGGUCAUGCAUACAAACUCUACCGAUUUCAAAGGUUAUGUUGGUACAUGAUUUGAUAAUGUAUAUGUUAAGUCAUGGAAUCAAAUCAGUGUUCUACGUAGUUGCA